AUGAAAUCUACACAGAACAAAAUUAAAUCACCUUUUUUUACUCAAUUUCGGGAGGAAAAGUCACAUCAUUUAAGAUUUAGUGAUCUUAGCGAUAAAAAAAUCGUGCCACUCACUGCAAAUUUAGAAACAUUGCGAUCGACAGUUCAUAAUUUUUCGUUUUCUAUGUACAAGGAAGUAGCUAAAACUGAAACUGGAAAUAUUUUCUAUUCUCCAUUCGGUAUCCAUUUGAUUAUGUUUAUGGCUAGUACUGGAGCAGCUUCAAAAACAUUUGAUGAAAUAGUAGCCACUAUACAUCUAAAUGAAACUUCUUGGAAAACUGAUGAAACACUGGAAGCCUAUAGAAAAUUAUUGGAUUACUUAACAAGUGCAAAUGAUAAUCUAAAGCUGGCAACCGGAAUGUUUGUCGAUACAAAUUUCGAUGUUAAAGAUAGUUUUGUGGAAAACUCUAAGAAAUAUUUAAAAUCUUCUAUGGAAAAAUUGGAUUUCAGGAAUGGCCCAGAACAACAGCGUCAAUAUUUAAAUAAUUGGGUUUUAAUCCAAACAAAAAACAAAAUCAAAGAUUUUUUUUCCUGCAAAGGUUCAAUUACUAAAGACACUGAUUUAGUAUUGGUGAAUGCUGUGCAUUUUAAAAGUGAUUGGGCAUAUAAAUUUGAAUAUGUUUAUGAUGACUUUUUUUAUGUGACUCCAAUCAACAAAGUAACAGUUAAAAUGAUGACUCUCACACGUCACUUUCAAUACUUUCAUGAUAAAGUUUUAAAAUUCAAAGCACUUGAAUUACCUUAUAAACACCAUGCUUUUAAAAUGAUAAUUUUACUACCCGAUGAUAAAGAUGGUUUGAAUAAUCUAGAAAAUAAUUUUUCAAAAUUUAAAUUACAUGAAAUUUCAGAGAAAAUGACACAGAGAAAUAUUGAUGUCAAAUUACCUCGUUUCAAAAUAGAAAAGUCUCUGGAAUUGGAUAAAACAUUAUCCAAUCUUGGAUGUCCAACAAUGUUUACACCUGGAGCCGCAAACUUUUCUAACAUCGAUGAAGAUGGUAAAUUGUAUGUGACUAAAGUCUCGCAUAAGGCAUAUAUUGAUGUAGAUGAAGACGGAACUGAGGCUGCAGCAGUUACAAGUGUGCCAGGUCUGUGCUAUGCAAGUCCUUCUAAAGAUUUCUUUGUUGAUCAUCCAUUUAUAUUUUUUAUUUCAACUAUGAGUAAUUUCAUUUUAUUUGUAGGUCGAAUGACCAAAAUUGAUUAA